AUGGCGGCACCCGUGUCGCCCUUGGUUACUGCGCGCUGCCUGCUGCGGGCUUCGGCGCGGCGAGCCGCCCGCCUGCUACCGGCCCUGUGGAGAGCAUACACAGCUCAGAGAGGUGAGAAGACAGCCCCUGGUACUCCUACAGAUGCUAAUGCCAGAGCCUUACUGGUUUGCCAUGGACCUUUAGAACAUUAUGACUUUCUGAUUAAGCAAGAAGAGCUGAAGAAUGAUGAGCAGCAAAGAAAAGUUGUGCAGCACCUGCAGAAGUUGCAUGAGAGCCUCAAAGGUUACAGCAUCAGUUCAAAAAAUCUUCUUUCAAAGCUUUUUGCAAAAGCCAAAGCCCCCAAAGGUCUUUAUGUCUAUGGAGAUGUUGGCACAGGAAAGACAAUGGUGAUGGACAUGUUCUAUUCUCACUUGGAAGUAGAAAGAAAAAAGAGAGUCCAUUUUCAUGGCUUCAUGCUAGAUGUACACCAGAGAAUACAUCGCCUCAAGCAGAGCUUGCCAAAAAGGAAGCCAGGAUUUAUGGCCAAAACAUAUGACCCAAUUGCACCAGUAGCAGAGGAAAUAAGUGAAGAGGCUGCUCUCCUAUGUUUUGAUGAAUUCCAGGUCACUGACAUUGCUGAUGCCAUGAUUCUGAAGCAGCUUUUUGAAAACCUGUUCCAAAAUGGGGUGGUUGUUGUGGCAACAUCUAACAGGCCGCCAGAAGACCUCAUCCAAUCUGGCAAGUACUGCAGUGUAGUCCAGCUUGAUUCUGGAAUAGACUACAGGAAACGAGUGCUUCCUGCUGCUGGAAAACUCUACUACCUCACAAGUGAAGCUGAUGUGGAGGCUGUCAUGGAUAAGUUGUUUGAUGAGCUGGCUCAGAAACAAAAUGAUUUAACUAGACCAAGGAUUCUGAAAGUGCAAGGCAGAGAGCUGAGGCUGAAUAAAGCAUGUGGAACCAUUGCAGACUCCACGUUUGAAGAGCUGUGUGACAGACCUCUUGGGGCCAGCGACUAUCUGGAGCUAUCAAAGCACUUUGACACCGUCUUUGUCCGUGACAUCCCACUCCUCACUAUGGCAAAAAGGACACAAGCUCGUCGCUUCAUUACUCUCAUUGACACCUUCUAUGAGCAUAAGGUGCGCAUUAUUUGUUCUGCAGUGACUCCUCUCCAAAGCUUGUUCCUGGUAGAACAUGGCAGUAGUGAGCUAGAGGACAACAGAGUGUUGAUGGAUGAUUUGGACCUGAGCCAGGAUUCUGCCAAAGGACUCUCCAUGUUUACAGGAGAAGAGGAGAUCUUUGCCUUUCAGCGAACUCUCUCACGCCUUACAGAAAUGCAAACUGAACAGUACUGGAAAGAUGGGGACAGAAGCAGAAAGAGCUUUAAUUAAAAGUCAAAUAAAUUCAC